AAAUGCAGUUUAAAUAAAGUGGUCAAUGAAGGCCACAAUGGAGAAAUUGACAGUUGAGUAAAGAUGAGGCGGUGAGGACUGAAUCACGUGGAUAUCUAGGGAAAUUUGUUGAUGCAAAAGGAACGAGCGAGCGCAAAGGUCUGGAAGGAGGAACUCAACGGGUGUGUUCAAAAGAAUGUCAAGGAGGGCACUGUGGCUGGAGAGAGUGAUUACUAGAUUACGAGAUGAAGACAGAGGGGACUGAAGAGCCUUUUGGUUUUUGGCUUUUCCUUUCGAUGAGAAGUGUGGAGAGGAAGCAUGAUCUCAGGCACGUGCUCAACUCAUUCGAUACGUGGCGGGAAACGCUUGGUCCCCUAAAAGAGGGGCACGGCGGUGAUGUCACCACCCUGGGCAGAGCACGGGGACUUCUCCUUAACCUGGUGUGCCCCAGAGGCCUGGACAAUGCUGGCAAAACAACCAUCCUCAAGAAGUUCAACGGGGAAGACAUCGACACCAUCUCCCCGACACUGGGCUUCAACAUUAAGACCCUGGAACACCGGGGAUUCAAGCUGAACAUCUGGGAUGUGGGCGGCCAGAAGUCCCUGCGGUCCUACUGGCGGAACUACUUUGAGAGCACCGACGGCCUCAUCUGGGUGGUAGACAGCGCCGACCGCCAGCGCAUGAAGGACUGCCAGCGGGAGCUCCAGAGCCUAUUGGUGGAGGAGCGCCUGGCUGGAGCGACCCUCCUCAUCUUUGCCAAUAAGCAGGACCUACCCGGAGCGCUGUCCUCUAACGCCAUCUGUGAGGCCCUGGAGCUGGACUCCAUCCACAGCCACCACUGGUGCAUCCAGGGCUGCAGCGCCGUCACCGGGGAGAACCUCCUACCUGGCAUCGACUGGCUCCUGGAUGACAUUUCCAGCCGCGUCUUCACGGCCGACUGAACCACUCCAGACGUUCCCCCCCCCCCCCACACCUCACAGUCCAGCCCCCUCCCCCGGCCCUCAUCAGGCACCAUCCACGGGGGCGAUGGCAGUCGGCCAGGCUGACUAACACCCCCCCGCCCCACUCCGUAACCUGCUGCUGCUAACACUACCCACUGCUUCUCGGCGGCCGGCUCCCGUGGCCGGAGGGCUGCUUCCCUGGCUGUCACCCUGGCUCCUGACCCGGCCCGCCUGCGGAGGAGAGGGCUGGGGCUGGGAGGGGGCCGCCUCUGCUGCUACCAAGGCUGUGGGCCUCAUCCUUUGCUCAGCUGUGAGAAUAAACCGUUCCCUCCCCCACUUCCUGGUAGAGUCAUGCGUUGAUCCAGCAGCUUUAAGACCCCCACCCGGAGCCCAGGGCGCAGCAGGGCACAGAAAGGAACGGGUCAUUUCAAUCAGAGGGUUAACCGCGGCAGUGUCACAGGGACAGACAAAGAAUUAGAGGAGCACAGGACAGGGCGGCAACGAAUCCCACUUGGAAGAGUCCAGGCAGGCUCCCCAGAGGGACUGACGUUAAAGGGGAGAAAGACACAGAGAUUUGCUCCUAAACUGGUGCUAGGAUUCCUUCCUGGAGAGGGAAUGUGCAAAAUCCGGGCUCUGUUAGGGUGGACGAGGGGAAAUUGGCGUUAGGUAGACAAACUCAGAACAUAACCUGUCCUACCGUGUAGAAGAUUAAAACGACCUGCCCUGUCCUCUGUGUGAGACACUCUGUGGUCCCCGCGCUCCCAAGCCCUAUGGCGCGUGAGCACACCCAGGCUCCAGAGCCAAACCCCAGCUCUGCCACUCACCGGACGAUGCUGAGCAAGUUGCCUAACCUGUCUGUGCCACAGUGUCCCCGUCUGGGGGAGAGAUCCAUGGCACCGACCUGCGAAGUUUGGGACAAGGACCAAAUGGGUGGGUGUCUUGUGUGUCACAAGCACUGCACAGUGUUAGCUAUAAUUAUCACUAUUUGAACCAGUAAGAGCUCAAGCAGAUCCAGUGGAUGUGAAUUCAGCCAUCCGCUGAUCCAGAUGCGUCAUCACAGGGUUCAAGUCCUCCCGGGGCGCCCUUAGUAGUAAGCAGCAUCCUUGAGUUAAAGCAUGAAUUAUGCAUGGGUGGAGAAAAAGAAGAAAAUAACAAGGCCAUACUCAUUACCAAGGCUUGCAGAUGGGGAGUGUGAGCUGUGGCAGAAAGCCUGCAUCCUGCACUCAGCCCAGUGGGAACGUGGGGAGCCCUGCUGGCAGCGGGAAUCUGCAACUUGCCUCCCUCUGCUCCUCCCGCUGAUGGAAAUGGUGGUGCUCCUCCCACCGAUGGAAGUGGUGGAGCUGGAGUCUGAAGGCCGGGGGCGGGGGGAAACUGAUCUAGAUAGGAACGGGGCUUUGUGGAGUUAUUUCUAGAAAAUGUAUUGUAAGCCCCGGAGGGUGAAGGGGGCAACAGCUGAAACAUCCGCAGUGUUCUGGUCUCAAGGCUGUCGAACGCGACAGCAUCACGAGGUGCCCCGUGCUCCCCCAGAAGGUAGUUAAGAAACAGACCCACUGUAAUUGCCUGGCAGUCCGUGAAACUGCACGCGCUCCCUGCGUGCUUGCACAUAAACACGAGAUGUGGGUCUCGUUAAUGUUUAAGACCCUUUGUGCUCCCUUUCAUACUUUGAGGCUCUUUGAUGUUUAUAUCUAAUGGAACAUGAAAUAAAGGCUACGUGCAGACCCUG